AGGAAUUGUCAGUGAUGGAAAUUGGCAACCCCAUUACUAGCAAUAAACCCUAUUAGGUCGACCUACUCGCGGUUUCCCCUGGAAACCACGCCGAUUAAUUUAUUGUUGAAUUUGUCACAAUAGGCUAACUGAUCUGCUUCAUCCUCACAUAUCAUCCCUCACUGGAGUCUCGUCAGUGUACACCAUUAGCGGAGGAGGGGUUACCAUUCCAUUAUCAUCAAUUAAAAAAACAGCAUGUACUUAAAGUAUUUGAUGUUUCUGAACUAAAUGACGCACUAACGGAAAAUGUGACAUUUGAUUUGAUUUUGAAAAUCGAAAGCUUUGUGGUGCAGUGGAUUGUCGUUUAUAUUAUUUCUUGCGCUGUUUCUUUUUAAAAAUAUGGUGUGAUUUGGAAAUAUUCACUUGUAAUUUGUGAGACUGGAAGAAUUUUUUUAUAAUGUAUAAAAGUGCAAAAUAGAAAUAUUAAAAAUGUCUACAAUAGUAAUGCAACGAGAUCUUGUUGUGACUCUGAAAAAGGAGACUUGUUUGAAUGUAGGCAUAUUGAGCAAGUUGCAGCUAAUGCCGACGGAUUUAUCGAGACUUAUAUUCAAGGAAAAUGCUCUAGAAAAACCUACACAGAAUUUGUUUAAUCAUUUAACUUAUUAUCUAGUAUCCAUUAUAGACUCCAAAGUGAGUGUUGCAUUUUCAUGGCCUUUGUACGAUUCGAAGACCGAAAGAACCUAUAGAAAUCAAUUAUCAGUUUUCAUAAACGAUUAUAGCAGUAAAGGACUGCUUUCUCCAGUGAUGUCAUCUUAUUUGGUAAAUCCUGGGUGUUUUAAAGUAACUAUACUUAUAUUUCAAUUAUCUCAAUUAGCUGUACAGCGUGUCUUGUUAAAUAAAAUGAACAGAAACCGCCAAAAAGAACUCUAUGAUAAAAUGACAGAGAAAUAUAAGAGAAGCAACAAAGGAUUCUUGGAGAAUAUUGAAGUAGAAACUGAGACAAUGUUGAGCAAGUUUUCAAAUUAUUUACUCAAAAGGAAGGCUAUGGAAGAAAUUGCUGGGAUAUUUAGGAAAAAAAUUACUGAAAUGGAGACAAAACUUCUUUUAUUGAAUGUUCAGCAAUAUAUUGAUGAUUUAGUAGACAAGUAUGUUGAGAAUCAUCCAUUAGAUGAAUGUAUGAAAACUGAAAUAUUAAAAAUUAAAAAUAUUCACACACAUUCUAAAUACUUUGAUUUGUGGUUAGAUGAAGUUGAUGAAAUAAUGAACAAAUUAGAAACAAAAUGGGUCAAUAAAAUUUUACCAUUAUUAGAAAUAUCUGAGCGGGCUAGAUGUAAUACAGAGGCAUUGAUUGCAAGGCAUACUGGUGAGGCUGAUAAAAACUCUUAUAUGAUUGAAUACACAAGCAGCAAUGAAAUCAACACUAUAGAAUUACAAGAUCAGGUGAACAGUGAACAAAAAUACAUACUAAAAAACAUAGUGAAAAAUGAUAGACUGAAUUUCCCCAACUUGAUUCGUGGUUUUCUUAUAUCCAUAUAUUUCAUGCUAAAAAAUACUGAAAUUGGUGACGAGAUAUAUAAAUUCAAUGAGUAUUUAGAAGAUGGAAGUAGAAACUUCAGUGAGAUUGUUUCAGCUAUGAAAGUACUUUUAGAGAGAGUGAUGAACGCUGAAGCAAGAUUAGAGUCAUCCUCUGUGCUCUUUAGUCCAUCUUUUUCAAUGAAGGAUGUCUCCGAAAUACCACCACUCCCUGAUUUGUCUGAUUUGAAAGCAAAUAAAGAUCUUCAUUGUCAAAUAAUAUUUGAUACACUAACACCAUUCAGUAUAUCUAAACACCAAUUCAACUUACAUAGAAAAAACUUCAACUCAUUUGCUAGACCCCAAACAAAAUCAUUGCUUUCAGGACCAUUCCAUCAACUUCCCCGAGAUGACUUUUUGAAAAGCUUGAUAUCUUGUCGGGUAAGCUCAUAUGAUCGGCUCAACAGUAAUUUCCAUAAUAUGUCUGUUAUAUCACAGAAUUAUAGAGGCAAUGAGACAAUAGCUGAAUGCUCAUCAGGCUUUACAAAACAACAAAUUGCAAGGCUGUUGUCAACAAAGAAGUCUAGUAGUACGAAAAAAUUCAAGUGUAGUGUACAAAGGCCCAACAUUAAUAUAAAAAAAGGAGCAUUAUUCAAUGAAUCAAAUGUUUCUAAUGAAAAUGGGUUAUAUCGUAGUUAUUCAUCUCCUAAUCUCUUUGAAAAUAGAGAGAAAAAAUCACAUUCAAAACUUGGUAAACGUAAACUAUCUAUCAUGCAAGAAGAUAUGCCAUCACUUUUAGAGGUGUCUGGUAUAGCUAUGUUAGAAAGUGACAACAGUUAUGGCACACCUGACGGAAACAAUAUUAAUAAUAAGGAAAAGAGUGUCACACAUUUACCUGCUAUAUCAAUAUCACCUGCACCAGAGGCAAAAGUAAACAAUAUUUUAAGAGAAAAUAAGAUAGAUUUUAAUGGGGAAUUAACAGAAAAUAGUGUCCAAACAGUAUUAAUAGAAGAUCAGAGAAAGAGUAUUGAACUGAAAGAGGAAUCAAAGUCUGAAACCCCUAAAACUGAUUCACAACUAAUAAGAAGAACUAGUUCCUUGGAAAAGAUAAUAAAUAGGUUUAAGAAAGUUCGAGCUAAUGUAGUAUCAGACACAAGUAAGAGUGAUGAGUUCAAAACUAUAGUUGAGGAGAAAGAAAACUUCAACUCUGUGAAUGUAGAUGUAUUUACAGCAAAUAGGAUUUUAUUGCCUGACCUACUAAGUCCAAGUUGUAGUAUAGUAAAAAAAUCUACAGAGUUUGUGGAUACGUCAUCUUUCGAUAUUGAUGAAAAAGAAUGUAGAAGGCCACGAGAAAGUCUCGGUAUGGCGUUAGGUGUUGAUAAAACAUUUUUAGACCAGUUUGAUUUGAUAGACUAAUAAAUGUCUAUUUGCUAUAACGCCUUAACAUUGUAAAAUCAUUAUUUUGGAUUGUACUAAUAUCAAAAUGUAUUGAAGUUCGUUACUACAAGAGCUUUAAGUAUUUAUUGUAUAAAUGUUAACAUACCUAGAAUAGUAUAGUAUGUAAAGAAAAAAAAUGUAAAAUUUUUAGACUAUUUUUCUUUCUUCUAGUUCUUAUGGAUCAAAAUCAUAAUUAUAUUUUUUUCUAUAAAAAAAAAAGUAUUGAGAUAUUAUAA